GUCUGGAGGAAAGAAGGUUUGUACACAAACAUAGAAGAGGAUUCUUUACGAGGACUCGAAGUAAUAAUCAAACAGUCAAGAUGGACAACAGCAAGAACCCCAUUUCUGAGAAGAUAUUGAAUCUCACCCUUGAGAUAAUUAACUUGUUAACUGGUGAGGAUUACAUGGUUGUCAAAGCAUCUGCUGAACAUGCGACACCUAUCAACUAUCUCAGGAUUUCAGAAGAAUGUAGCAGGACUCAGAGCCCCAUCAAGAGGCCUCUGCGUCAUUCUCCAGUACAUAAUAAUAAGGAUCAGGCGAUCCUAAACAUCAUCAACAAGAUAAUUGAGCUGUUGACAGUAGAGGUUCCUAUAAGAUGUCAGGAUGUCACUGUCUAUUUCUCCAUGGAGGAGUGGGAGUAUAUAGAAGGACAUCAGCAUGUGUACAAGGACCUCAUGAUGAACAGUCACCAACCACUCAUAUCAGUGGAAUCAUCCUUUAUGAGCAAUUCAACAGAGAGAUAUUACAGUCCUCCAUAUUCCCAGGAUUUUCCCGAGGAAAAUCACAGUGUUCCACCAGAGUCUCAGGAUGAAGACCAGGUUAUUAAAGCCAAUAUUAUCCAGGAAGAGACCUUUGUGAUUGGAGACCAGCCAUAUGACAAAGAAAUUCCACCUUUUAUCAGUCCAGCCAGUGAACACACUAGUAUGAUUGCCACAGAGGACUAUCUCCUUUCAUCCCAAAACUGUGAUGUAGAAUACAGUGCUGGUCAUGCUGCCAAUAUGCCACCUGAUUCCUGCAACCAUGAAUACUCUCUUGAGGAUGGACACCAGAGGAUCCAAAUGGCAGUGAAGCCCUUUGAAUGUUCUGAUUGUGGAAAGCAUUUUACUCAAAAAUCAUACCUCAGUGGACAUCAGAUCAGUCACUCAGCACUGAAAUCAUUUACCUGUAAUACGUGUGGGAAGGGUUUCUCCCGACAAGAAAGCCUUGCUUUACAUCGCCGAGUCCACAUGGGUGUGAAGCCAUUUAUAUGUUCCGAGUGUGGAAAGUGCUUUGGGUCCAAAUCAGAUCUUAUUAAACAUCAACGAACUCACACGGGAGAAAAGCCAUUUCCUUGUGCCGAGUGUGGGAAGUCCUUUUCACGCAAGUGCACUCUUCUUCAGCAUUACAGAACCCACACAGGGGAGAGGCCUUUUACAUGCACGCUGUGCAUGAAGAGCUUUACAUGUAAGUCGGUUCUUAUAACACAUACACGGACUCACACGGGUGAGAAGCCAUUUCAGUGCACAGAGUGUGGUAGAUGUUUUACUUUUAAAUCCGACCUUGUGAAUCAUCACAGAACCCACACAGGAGAGAAGCGUUUUCCUUGUUCCAAGUGCGGGAAAUGCUUUGCACGCAAAUCCUCUCUAGCCCAACAUUGGCAAAUUCACACGGAUGAAAAGCGGUUUGUUUGUCCUAAGUGUGGCAAAUUUUUCACUCGCAACUAUACUCUUGUUGAACAUCAAAAAACACACAAAGAUGAAAUUCAGUUCUCCUAACAGGGAGAAGAAAUGUAACACACAGGGGACAAGUUAUCCUCAAGCAUGGGGAAGGAGCCCAUACCAACAAUCUCACAGUGGAAGAUAUUGUGAUCCUACCAACUAUGAAGCUUUAGAUUCGCAGUCCAUAUACUAUGGACUGUUUUAAAUAAAAUCUGUAAGGAAGCAAAUAAGAUCUACAGUAUAUUGAUGUUUUUCUGAUUAAGAUUAUAGGACUAUAUUCUCACAUCAUGUGCUUUGAGCUUUGUUUAUCAGUGGUUUAUUAAACUGUGUGCAAUGGAUAAACCUCUCUAAAGGUGUCCCAAGCUAGUGCUAGAGUAACAUACCAAGUACUCUGACAUACUACAAUCUCUCAGCACAAACACCAAGCAUUUCUGCACAAAAACUGCUCAGUGCAAUACAUCUUCAUUAGGUUAAGGUUCCAGAGCUGGUUCCAUCUGUUUAUGGGCACUCAGAUUGGGACUGGACCAGCAAAAUCUCUGCUAUUGCCAUAUUAUGAAGGGUAAUGUAGGUAUACCACUCUGGAACCCAUAACUGUUCUGCUGCUAGAAAUACUUGCACUAAUACUGAAAACUCGUAUACUUCAUCAUGCCUUAUACUCCAGUUACAAUCAAAUCUGCAUUAAAGGAGGUUUCUGGUGCUUUACUAUUGAUGACUUAUACUCAAGAUAGACAAUCAAUAUCCGGUUGUGGGAGACUGACACCCCAGCACCCCCAAUGAGCAACUGUUUUGGAGUGGCUCCAUGAGCUCUGCGGCCACAUAUACACAGUUCCAUAUAUUUCUGUACUGGACACAGCUCAUAAUUGCAGCGUUGUUCCCACUAAAGUGAAUCGGAACAAAGUUGUACUUGCCAAUUAAAUUCACUACAGAAAGGGAUGGAGCUGUGUAAUUCUGGUACAGGAGCUACUGCAGAACCUCUGCCGAUCAGAUAUUGAUGGUCUAUCCUCACAAUACGCUAUCAACAGCAAAGUACUGGAAAAUCUCUUUAAAAUUGUUUUAUCUUCACAUUCAGAUUGCUUGACAUUACAUUUUUAUUUUAAACUCUGCGGCUUAUGUGUCUGUACAUGGCAUGUUCAGCUGUAAUGUUGCAGUAUAGUACUAUAUAAGACAAACAUCUCUUUGUUAACAGGAGUGGAAAAAAAUGCUGUCAAUGUAAAUAUAGUGAUGUUGAUUGUGAAAUGUGUUUGUUGAAUGAAAGCCAAUUGGUAAACUAGUGAAUAAAAAAAGUGUGUAAAAUAGUGAACAAAAGAAAAGGUAAAAACAAGUUAAAAAAAAGGUUUAGAAAGUACACUUUUGUUGCUAACGGUUUAGACAUACCAAAUUUACAGUUAUACAAGCUGUACGCUGACUACUUUACAUUGUAUCAAAGUGUCAUAUCUUCAGUGUUGUCCCAUGAAAAAAUAUAAUAACA